CAAAAUAAAAUUAAAGGUGGUUACUUAGACAAAGAGGCUUUUAGCAUCAUCUUACUAAGAAAAAUAUAAACCGAAAAAUGAGGAUUAUGCUUUGGUGUGUGACUCUGAUUCUUUUCAGCUUUAUCGAAUCUCGAUCAGAGCAUUUACAGGUGGGUGGUCCAGAAGAACCUCUUGUUGCUGUAGCUGGUGAAGAUCUGAUUCUGCCAUGUUUUAUCAAACCCAACACCAGUGCUAUGGGCAUGACAGUGGAGUGGUUCAAACUAUAUGUAGAAGACUCAUUAGUGCAUCUCUUUAGGGAUAAUAAAAGCAUAAAUGAAGAUCAGGCACAGUCCUACAGAGGAAGGACAUCAUUGUUUAAAGAGGAGCUACAGAAAGGCAACGUUUCACUCAAACUCUCAGCUCUCAGAGUCUCUGAUGAGGGAGAAUAUAAGUGUCUUGUUGAGGACAAAUCCCGGUCCGAUGACAUCACUGUGAAAGUCAUUGUUGAGGCUCAGGGAAGCAAGCCAGUGAUCAGGAUAGAGAGUAAUGAUAAUUUAGGAGGGAUUAAUCUAGUGUGUGAAUCCAGAGGCUGGAACCCUGAACCUGAGGUUCUGUGGCUGGACAGAGAAGGAGUCACUCUGCCUGCUGAAGAUACACAGAUACACAGAGACACUGAGGGCUUCAGCGUUAAACACCGCAUCACUGUUUAUGAUUAUAGCAACUCCAACAGGUUUUACUGCAGACUUCAGCAAAAACAUCACAUGAUGGAGACAGAGGUUAUCAUCAAUAGUAAAGUCUUUCACGCUUGGAAGUGGAUUGUCGGGAUUUCAGUCUCAGCAUGUCUUAUAGCUGUUGGAUUGAUAGUAACUGCAGUUGUCUGUCCCAAGAAAGCCUCAGAGAUUCAGAGGGAGAAUCAGUACACAGAAUUGCAGAGACAGGGUGUGGAAUAUGAGUUUGUAAAGAAGAAACAGUAUGCAGUGGAUGUGACUCUGGAUCCUGGUACAGCUCAUCCAUAUCUCAUCCUGUCUGCUGAUGGAAAACAAGUGACAUAUGGAGGCCCACGACAGAAUCUCCCUGAAACAACAGAGAGGUUUAAUACAAGUUUCUGUGUUCUGGGAAAGCAGAGUUUCUCUUCAGGGAGAUUUUAUUAUGAGGUGCAGGUCAGAGGGAAAACUUACUGGACAUUAGGAGUUGUGAGAGAAAACAUUAACAGAAAGAGGUGGAGUCCAUGGACUCCUCAGAAUGGAUUCUGGACUGUGGGUCUGUGGAAUGAGAAUCAGUAUAAGGCUCUUGCUGUCCCCCUCACACUGAGAGAGAAGGUGGAGAAGGUGGGGGUGUUUGUGGAUUAUGAGGAGGGUCUGGUCUUCUUUUAUAAUGUGAAGUCCAGAUCUCAUAUCUACUCUUUCACUGGUCAGUCUUUCACUGAGAAACUCUAUCCUUUCUUCUAUCCAGGUUUUGAUGGAGGUAAAAAUUCAGCACCACUGAUCAUCUCUCCUCUAUUUAACACUGAAUGAAUUUUCACCUCACAAAUUUA